AUGCCCAGAUAUACGUUCCCCGUGGGUAGACUCUCAGCUCAGCUUACCCCCUCUGGAGCUCGAUCGAGAGCCUCGCCGCAGGGAUGGAGCCGAGUCGCAAGAAAUCCAAGCACACAAGGCUGCCGCUCGCAAUCAACCGUACACAAUGCCAAAGAAGCGGCGCUCGAUAGCCACUUGAAGUCCGGGGUCGGCCGUAUUGCAGAUCUUGCGAAAAGGACAGCACCGGUGGACAGUGAGUCGGCCCAGAAGUCGACGACGCCGAAACCGAAACCGAAACCAAAGUCGAAGUCGAAACAAAACCCGGAGAUAGGUGCUUCGCAGUCAAAUAGCUCUGUCGUUUUCAGGUCUCUCAAGCUAGAUGGAGAUGUACCAACACCCAGGCGGAAGCCCAAUUCGCACCGGCCUGCGCCUAGGAAAAAGGGAGAGAUACCACCGGGAUACAAAGUAGUGGAAACAGAGGAGGGGAGGACAUAUGUACCAAUAAAAAGCCAGGUGCCAAAGAUGGUGAGCGUGGCAAUUCACCGUGCUCAGCGGUCGUUACAAGAACAGGGCAGAGUUCUCAGUAAGGAGGCAUUCGACUUUGAAGUCCGUCUUCGUCUUACUUCAAUGUACCCUUAUACUGGAACUCUCAAGUGGUGGGAUUCUGCAUACCAAGAGAUAUAUACGGCCAAUUUGGAUGAGCAGGAUCAUACAUGGGAAAUUCCGCGACGAUUCGAGUACGUUAAAGCGUUGAUCGAGAAGAUGAAAGACGAAGACAUGCAAGAAGUUUGGAAGGGCCUAGAUAGAAGGGGCAAAGCAGCAGCCUGGCCGGUAAUCGCCCUUUGGCUCCUCCGUGAAUCGCCUGACAGGUUUUCCGAAUUUUUACUGGCUACGCAUUCUGAUCCGUAUCCUCCCUUUACAAUGGUCAGCGAUUGUAUGCUGUACAUUCGCUUCUUUCAUAACGAGUUGGCCCAAAAAGAGAUAUAUCGUUCGGCGGUGCAGACUUGUAUGGGUCCGGCCCGAUGGCCGGUCAUCUCGCUUUCUCAACGUGGUGCAAGGCUAUAUCUUAUGACUGCUGGGUUCGAAAAGGCCUCUGAAGCCUUUGAAGAGCUGAAACAGCGAGAAUCGCUGAUUUCUCCGACCACGCUACUUUGCUUUGUGAAUGUAUUUACUCAAGCAGGAGAGAUCGACAAGGCGAUCGAGUGUCUUCGCAUGGUGCAUGCCACGGAUGCCGAGUCCACGUUUAUCAACUCGGAUAUCGUAGGACGACAUUGUUCCAGCCUCCUCAAGCUCGAUAGCGUUGUAGAAGAGGAUGGAGAGCGCAACUUUAAAAUCCUCCCUCAACUGCUGAAGCUAGGGAUCAAACCAAACCUUAUAAUGAUGAACAUUAUAUUGGCAAACGCCUUUGCCACAGGCGAUUCCCAUCUGGGCCUCGAUAUGCUGAAAUACAUGAAGGACCAGGGCAUGAAACUGGAUGCCUACACGUAUCUCGAGUUGCUGCAUGACGCCGUUGCUCGACUUGACCGUGAUCGUGUCCAAGCACUGAUGCACGAGAUCUCGUCUAAUGCGGAAUUCAAAAACAACAAACAUCUCUCCAGCAAGGUUUUCCAUGCACACUUCAUUUUCGGAGCGAAGGAGUUGUUUAUAAGGGCGGGAUCGACUGGAGCGUUUGUGGAGAUGCUGGAGAUGUACAGUCGCUCCUACGAUCUCACUCCGUUGAAAGACCUCGGCAUGAUUCCGCCGCACUAUGAGAAUCCAACCACCCAAGAACAGCGCGAACCGUCGCCUCCAGUCUUGUUCAUCAUUAUUGCGACCUAUCUCCGCGUUCAGCCUGAUGCGUCGAGCUCGUUUCGUCUCUACCGGAAAUUCAGAGAGCUUGUUGAAGAGGGCCACCCUGUGAUCGCGCCGAUGGCUACAUAUCCUCAUUUAUUCAACGAAUUCAUACUUCCUUUCCGUGCUGCCGGAUCCGAUCUACGCGACUGUCUGUCCAUUAUGGAGGAUAUGCUGGAACCCGAGUCCAGGUACAUCACUAUCCAGGGGGCGGGCACUCGCGUCAAACGCGCCAAACCCAAUAUCUGGACGUGGAAUACUCUGCUGAGCGUAUUUAAUGCUGCACGCCAGCCCGAUGCUGUCAAUGUGAUCCGAAACUUGAUGCAAAAGCACAAUGUUGAGUACGACCACGUCACGUGGACCACAAUCAUUUGGGGCGACGUCAAAAUGCAAGACAUGAUGACUGCCGCACUCUCGGUCCAACAGAUGGAAAACGCCGGGUUCAUGCCCAACUCGUACACACUGCGGGCGCUGCGAGAGUCGAGGGACCCCGAGCAACUGCAAACUGCCCUGGAGUCGCUCAAUCAGACAUCGCGGGAGAUUUUGGAGUGGGAGAACACGGUGGUGGAGCAGGAGCAGGAAGAGCUUCUGGAUAAAGGAUUGCAGCGUCUUGCCGGUGCUGUUCGUACGGAGCAGGCUGAAUCAGGCACUGAGCAGCCUUGA